AGCAUAAAUAUCUCUCAAUAUACCUCAGAAACAAAGAUGUCUCCAUCAAGUUUAUACUCACAUCACGUGCUAUGCUCUUCAAUACCUCUAUCAAAAAAUGUGCAGAGUUUUUUCAGUGCCUUCUGCACGGAAGAGAAUAUUGAACAAAGUAUCUCCUAUCUUGAUCAGGAAUUGACUGCUUUCGGCUUUCCUUCAUUGUAUGAAGAAUCGAAAGACAGAGAUGCCAAGAGAGAGUUAAAUAUAGUCGCUGCUUUAAAUUGUAUGAACGAACUACUUGUACUUCAACGGAAGAACCUUCUAGCUCAGGAAAAUGUGGAAACACAGAAUCUGAAACUGGGAAGUGAUAUGGAUCAUCUGCAGAGCUGCUAUGCAAAACUUAAGGAACAACUGGAAUCCUCCAGGAGAGAAAUGAUUGGACUUCAGGAAAGAGACAGACAGCUACAGUGCAAGAACAGGAAUUUACACCAGCUGCUUAAAAAUGAGAAGGAUGAGGUGCAAAAAUUACAAAAUAUUAUUGCAAGCCGAGCUACACAGUACAAUCAUGAUAUGAAGAGAAAAGAACGUGAAUAUAAUAAAUUAAAGGAACGUCUACAUCAACUUGUUAUGAACAAAAAAGAUAGAAAAAUAGCUAUGGACGUUUUAAACUACGUGGGACGAGCUGAUGGAAAAAGGGGCUCCUGGAGAACUGGUAAAACUGAAGCCAGGAAUGAAGAUGAAAUGUAUAAAAUUCUCUUGAAUGAUUAUGAAUACCGUCAGAAACAAAUCCUAAUGGAAAAUGCUGAACUUAAGAAGGUUCUUCAGCAAAUGAAAAAGGAAAUGAUUUCUCUUCUUUCUCCCCAAAAGCAGAAACCUCGAGAAAGAGCCGAUGAUAGUACAACUGUUCUUUCUGAUGUUGAAGAUGAUGCUGGGGAAGUAAGUAGAGAGAGUGUGUGGGAUCUUUCCUGCGCAGCAGUGAGAGAGCAGCUUACAAAUAGCAUCCGCACCCAGUGGAGAAUUUUGAAAAGUCAUGUAGAAAAACUGGAUAACCAAGUUUCAAAGGUACACUUAGAUGGCUUUAAUGAGGACGAUGUAAUUUCACGACAAGACCAUGAACAAGAGACUGAAAAGCUUGAAUUAGAAAUCCAGCAGUGUAAAGAAAUGAUUAAAACUCAGCAACAACUUUUACAGCAGCAGCUUACUACUGCAAGUGACGAUGAUACCACUUCUCUGCUACGAGACUGUUAUUUGUUGGAAGAAAAAGAGCGUCUCAAAGAAGAGUGGUCCUUGUUUAAAGAGCAAAAAAAGAAUUUUGAGAGAGAAAGACGAAGCUUUACAGAAGCCGCUAUUCGCCUGGGAUUGGAGAGGAAGGCGUUUGAAGAAGAAAGAGCCAGUUGGUUAAAGCAACAGUUUUUAAAUAUGACUACCUUCGACCCCCAGAACUCAGAAAAUGUGAAACUUUUCAGUGCCUUCUCGGGAACAGAUUCUGAUCGGGACACCCUUACAGUACACUCAAGGCCACGGCAGAGGCAGCCUCACAGUGUGUGCCGCAGGUCUCCCGUCAGCACGUCUAAGCUUACUAAAUCCCUUCCGACAUCUCCUGCUUCCGACUUUGGCCAGACCCGCUCCUGUGCAUCUGAACAUAGUUCAAGCAAUGCACUGAAUAUAACUCAUGAAGAAGCUAAACCAAAUCAGGUUGGGAGAGAAUGUCUAAGUCAGUCACGGAGCCUGGUGCCCAGACCUGGGUCACAGGAAGGUUGCUACAAUGGAUGCCCCUUGACCUGCACAAAUUCUCAUGUAGAAGAAGAUAACUUACUUUAGACACGGGACCUGAGUUUCCUGCAUUCGUGUGUUUGUAAACUUUCACAGCUGAGCUGAAACAGGGUGUUUCAUAAAGUCUAUCAUCUCUAGUAACAUAAGAGAGCCGGUCUGAGUUGUUUGAACUCUCCUGUCUUCCUCCAAAGAGCUAAAAUGUUAAAUCUAUUUAAAAGGAUAUAAAAGCUUUGGAUAUGUAUUUUUAGUAGCAGAAGCAUCUGGUUCUGUGAAUAAAAGAAUGUAUAGAUGUUUGAAUGAGAACACAAGCACUAGAAUGAGUUUCCUCUUGUAGGUAUUAAAAAUAACACUUUUAGGAAACUGUUUAUUGUAAAUGCUUAAUUUUUAUCUCAAAUAUAGUUGGUGUUGGAAGUUUAGCCCUUACUUGAAUGUACACUGCAGAUUUUUAACAAAGCAAGUUCUAUAUUUAUUAUGUUUAGUGUGAUUUGAAAUGACCUCUUUCAUAUGUUUUAAAUAAAGUGAAAUUUAUGUAUGUUUAGUACAUAGAUAUACGUGAUUAUGCUAAGAGACUAAGAUUUUAAAAAAUUACAUAUCCAUAAUUAUAGUAUUCCAUGCCAAUAAAAUUUUUUUAGUGAGAUUCUAUUUGCAGCUGUGAUUAGGGUAAGAGCCUUUUCAACCCAUCUGCGCAAUAGCUGUUCAGACGUUACUCCACGGAGCCAAGUACUGUAGAGAACAUAGCACUAUGUGUAGGACAUUUUUACCUCACUGGAUCUUUAUUUGGUAUGUUGUAUAUGAUACUAAAAGUUUUAAGGAUCAUGAUUGUAAAGCAAUGGGAGCAUGACUACAAAAGUCCCUUUGGGUUAAAGGAAUGUAAUACCAGCUUAAGGCAUUUGGAUGAUAGAAGUUGUGGCAUCAUUUGGAUUUGCUUUUUUUUUUUCCACCAGGGGGGUACACCAGUACAGUAACAUCGGUACUGGCUAGGGCUUUGUACAAUGACCCAUAAUAUUUUAAUGAUUCUUCAAUAAGGUGUUUAACCACUAAUGAUAUGAAAAUGUAAUAUGAAAGCAUCUAAUUUUAUAAUCCAAGUAUGACUGUACUCCGGGCGGGGGAUGUCAGUGCAUUUUCAAAGCACUUAUAACUUUUAAUGUUCCUGAUUGCAUGUUUCUUCAUGAGAAGGAUGUUGUUAUUAGCAGUGAUAGUCAUAAGUAUAGGUACAGGCUUUUUCCCAGGAAUUUCAUCGUAAAGUUUUUAAGUGCCUCACCCUGCUUGUGUCUGUACAUAGACACUACACAAAUCCAGUCCUUGCUAAGUAUUGCAUGUAAUUCAGGCCCGUAUGCCUUCUUGUGUUCUAGAAUUUCAUCACUUACUACCCUCCCCUCUCUGUGUGGCUGUUCCAUUUGAACCUGUUGUACUAGGAGGGAAAAGCCUAUAUUGUAUGUCGCUGCAGCCAGUGUUUCUUCAGGACCGAUCGAAUAUCGUUCAAAGUAUCUAGUAGCAUUAAUGAAGCUACUCAAACAGUAAUCACAUUUGUUGUCUCAAAGAGCAGGCUCUUGAACAAAAUAGUUAGUAGCUCAUUACUUUCAGCUUAAUGCAUGGUCCCUUUUUUACUGUCCAGAAUUUUAGAAACGUUACGGAAUGUUAAAAGAUCGCACAUUCCAAAAGAAAAAAAUAAGCAUCAUUUUCUUUCUUUUGCUACUGAGCAAAAUAGUGCUAAAGAAAGGCAAUCAUAAAUUUCAUUUUUUUAAAAAGUCAGUGAUGCGUUUUCCGACAUCGGGAGUUUCCGUGGGACACUCUCAAAAUUGAGCACUCUGAUUUUAAGGUACAUCUUUUCAUUUGGGUCAUAGUAUAAUCUGGAAAGCAUCAUCUUGUUUUGCUUCCACAGCAGAGCCCACUUGAUUCUCUUACUGGAAAGGAAAAUUCUUUCAGAUUGACAUGAAAGCCUAAGAUAGGAAAGAAAUAAUAAAACGAUAGCCAGGGUCCUCGUGCUUUUGAAGCUCUCAUAAAUCCCCUACACGUUGUACAUUUUCCCUAAUACCACAGCCUUUGCAUGGCUGGACAUCCCAUCUCCGAAAAGGUCUCCAACACCCCACAGCAGUUCAGCAUGGUGGGCUGACUGGGCUGACUGGUCUCCAUGCCAGGACAGCACUGACUCCCUGCUGGGCACUCCUGAGAUUUUGUUCCCUCCCCCUUUCAGGGUAUUUGCAACAUUCACAUUCGUUGCUCCAGUCCUACUUAAUUAAGACCAGAGGGUGGUAUCUGUCAUUGUUUUUCAGCAUGAAAAUUCUGACAAUCUUAAAUGUUUUCUUUAUCAGUAUGUAAAUCUGAUCAUUUAUACCUCAAAAUUUGUUUUUACAUACCUAUUUUGAAUUUUCAAAGCAUAAAAAGGGGGUAAAGAGCUAAAAUUAUUUUUCUUAUACUGUUAUAUAUGAUGAGAACCUAAGAGAACUGAUUGUACCUUCUGCUCCUGACAAGUUUAAAUGUGCAAAUAAAUAUUUUCCUAUAGGAA